CAUUGCACUGUGACUCGCGUCUGAUCUGGUGGAUCUCGUCACUGAUCUUCUCAAGGUUUCCCAAGGCUCGGCGGACGGAAUGAGGAACAACGCGCUGCUCAAGUGGGCGCACGGCAACAACAAAAACAACGCGCAGGCCAAGAAUGGGGGCGGCACCAACAAAGCGUGGAUACACCCUCCCGACGCCCUCCAGCGCGGACACAUCGCCUAUCUAGUCAAGUUUUUGGGCAGCACUCGCGUUGACCAGCCGAAGGGCAUCGAGGUGGUCAAAGAGGGCAUCCGGAAGCUCAAGUUCUGCGAGCAGCUGCGCAAGUCGGAGGGCGGCGGACCCAAAGGAAAGGUUGAACUGACCAUCAGCGUGGACGGAGUGGCUGUGCAGGAGCCCAAAGGCGCCAAACGAAUUUUGCACCAGUACCCGCUGCAUCGAAUCUCGUAUUGCGCCGACGACAAGGGCGAGAAGCGCUUCUUCAGCUUCAUUGCCAAGGAGGCCGAUGCGGACGCCCACAUGUGCUACGUCUUUGUCUCUGACAAACUGGCCGAAGACAUUACCCUGACCAUUGGACAGGCCUUCGAACUGGCGUACAAGCGCUUUCUCGAGACGUCAGGCAAGGAGCUGGCCGUGCAGCAUAGAAUUCAGUCUCUGGAAGACCGAAACUCGCAGCUCGAAUCUGAGAACGGCGAGCUGAGACGUCGGCUGCAGGAUCUUGUGGCAAUAGCGCCUCAGGGAGACGUCCAGGAGUAUCUGCGAAGACAUCAGUUAGCGGAUAUCACUGAGACUUCGGCUUCGAGCGCCAGUUUGAGCGCCUCGGCUGGCGACGAGCCCAUGUAUGUGAGCAGCAGUGGUGGCAGCACCUCCAGCUCAGAGGGCCUCAAGUGUCCGCCGGUGCCUCCGCGGUCCUUUGAAAGGCCGUCGCUUAUAUCAGACCUCAUGGGUCAGGAGUCGCCACAGCCGCCAACCACCUCCCCAGCCGUCGGAACUCGGCUUCAGGGACUUUUGCUGGACGAGGACAUUGACGACUUCAAUCCGCGGGCCGAGGAAAACAACAACGGCAACUAUGGGUCAUCUGUGCCUCCACCAUUGGCUCCGCCACCAAAGCCUCCACGAGAGGCAACGCCCCGUCGCUCUCUAGGCUCAAAGGACCUCUUCAGUGAGGACGACUUCAACCCGCGAGCUGGUGAAGAAGAUCCUUUCGGAAUGGGAGAGUUCACUGGUGCCCACUUUGACCAACAGAUCAUGGAGAUGAAGGACGGAUUCAGUCGAGGCUUGUCCAUCGGCAAUGAUAGUUUCUCCCUUGAGAGCUUGGACCCGCUGAAGAAUUGAAACGGUGCUCAAAGAGUGCGCGCAACGAGAGAGUGAGAAAGAAACAAAUUACGGACUCCGUCAGUGACUGACAAAGUCCCGUUGUAAAUAGAAUUAAAAAAAAAAACGCACUGGCUUCUCUAUUGUACAUACAUACUGCUCCUCUGAGUAUAGGAAAACUAGCGUUAAUUAGGUGCAAUAAUUACGUAAGUGAGAUGAAUUUAUACAAAAAUCUAUUUUAUACAUAAUUAUUUUUAUUACUGAAGAUUAUUGUAUAGAAAAAAUAUGAUUUGGAGACUCUGCUGAGUUUAAAAGUCAAUUGUUAAUCCUGAUCUAAAUGUCUACACUCAAAAGAAACACUGCAAUAAAACAAAAAUUUGUAUUGUUGAUCAUCAUAAAAACUGUUUUCAAUUUU